GCUCAGUUCGAGUCGAGAUCUCGCAGCACACACACAGCUCCGCACAACCAAAUCAAGUCCAAAAUCAUAAUCACAAGUGUUCCAUCCAAGUGAUUUAGUGUCGCGAGAGAGCAAUUUAGACCUUCCAUUAAAACUACUGCAAAAUGUCGACGAUUAACCUGCAUCCCCCGCAAACCUACUCGCGACUUUUCCGACCCUGGGAUACUCAGCGCCAGGCGGCGACCUCGGCGGCACCCAGGACAGUGAAGCAGGAGCCGGAGGCGAUUACCAUCAAGACGGAGCUGGCCAGCAGCAGUUUCGGCCACGACUGCGACGGAGACUUCUCCUCCGCAUCCUCCUCUGCGUCAAGCAGCAGCAACAGCAGCAAGUCCUGCUACGAGGAGGCCCUGAACCACAGCAGCUACACCCGCACUUCCACCCCGCUGCUGGACGCCGCCCCGCACCCCGUCUUUUCACACCCGCAGUCGUCGCCGUUGGACACGCACGCCGCCGCCACCGCAUCCUUGGCUCCGCCAAACCAGCACGCUCCAUUCCUGUCGGCCGCCAGCGAUCUCUACUACGCUGCCGCCGCCGCAGCAGCCGCUGCUGCCUCCACGCCCACUGCCGUCCCGGGCUUCGGCAUGGACCCGUUCACUAUGGGCCUGAUGGAGCAAGAGUACGCCCGCGUGAUGGCCGAGGACGCACAGUUAAAGGCGCUCAACAGCCGCAAGCAGCGGCCGAAGAAGUUCAAGUGCCCCAACUGCGACGUGGCCUUCUCCAACAACGGCCAGCUGAAGGGCCACAUCCGCAUCCACACCGGCGAACGCCCAUUUAAGUGCGACGUGAACACAUGCGGCAAGACCUUCACCCGCAAUGAGGAACUGACGCGUCACAAGCGAAUCCACACCGGACUGCGGCCGUAUCCUUGCAGUGCCUGCGGAAAGAAGUUUGGCCGACGCGACCACUUAAAGAAGCACAUGAAGACGCACAUGCCGCAGGAGCGCCAGCUGGGCCCGUCCAUCUUCGUGCCCAUGUACUCAUACCUUUAUGGCUACUGAGAGGGAAAUCCUGGCGAGCUUUCCCCUUGCCACGCGACCCUGCAUUCCAGCGAUCUGUAAAGCGCUUGCACGCUUUAAACAAGCAUUACCGAACCGAAUCCAACGAAACGAAACUUAACGCCAGCAAAAACUGCCUAGCCAAUCGUGGACAGAACUACCUCAGCCGUACCUGGCGCAAUGUGGCGCACUCACCAAACCCAAUCUUUGGACCUCGACGAUAUAUGCAAAUAUUGAGAUAUUUAUUUUUUAACGCGUAUUUACACUUCCAGCUACGUGACUGGUUAUGAUAUUCGGCACAUGUGUAAAUAAUCCCUAAGUGAUCCUUCCUCAUAUGCUAAGCGAUUAAGAAAUUUAAGAGAUGCCCGGAUUUACGUCUAAGUUAUACUAAAGCUGAUACUUUAACAGUUUUAUAAGCUGAUCGUGGUUACCAGAUACAUACGAUUUAUACACAAAAUUAUACGAUCAUGGUUAUAUCUGAGAGUUGAAUUAUACGAUUUAUGUUUACAACACAAAAUACACAAGAAAAACCG